AUGAUAAGCAUACAAACAUGCCAGAGCAGCAAUCGAGUGGAUUUCCUGCUUCGGGGGAAAUUCGUUAAGGGUAGCAAAAGGGACUUUCUCCUGGCCGCAAAGGACUCCUACCUGGAGCUUCUCACCGGGGACUUCAAAGAAACGAUCUGCGUAGGCUUGUGUAUGUUCUAUCCCCUUGCCCUGAACCCGCAAGGGACAACAAAGGAGUUAUUCUGCGAACCCAGCAGACUAUUUGCCUUCCUCCUUGAAAGUUCUUUGAUUCAGACGGGGAAGCACCAAGACCAGUUCCUCAUCGCAGAUGAAAAAUUGAACUUCCGAAUUUUAAAAUUUAACGGAAGCUUCGUGGAGACACGCUUCCUUGGAAACUUCAGGUCAUCCAAACUGAAAAAAUAUGUGGACCAUUCAACCCAAAAAAGUGGAGAGAAAAAAGAUGAGUUUUUCCAGGAAUAUUCCAAGCACAUCCACGUGUGCAAGUUAGGAAAAGUAUUUCUAGUGUCUAUAGAAAAUGUUGUUUUUUUUGUAAAAGUGAAUGAAUCUAGUUGGAUCCACAGAAAGUUAAGUGACUACUGUCGCAAUUACGACUUUCGAGUCAAACACAUUUCCAAAAAGAGGAACGUUAGUAUCAUUUACGACCCUAUGCAGCUGAGGCAUUAUAUUAUUCACAGGAACAAAAAUGGAAGGAAAAGGGUUAAGUACAUUUCCUCUUCCUUUUCAAGGGACUCCAAGGCGCAUAUCUACGAGAUGUGUAUGUGCUGUCCCGAGGCAAGAUCGGCCCAUGGCAGCAGCAAACGGACUGGUCUACAAAUCGGCCUGCAAACCGGACGUACACGGGGGGUUUCCCCCAAUGAGAGAGGACACCGCAGAAAGCACCCCCUGGGAAGCAGAAGCAAGUACCUCAUUAAGGUGAACAAAAUAUGCAUCGAAAAAUAUCCAAAGAAAGAAUCAUCCUGCAUUUGGUUUCGGAAAAACGUAUCCUUUAUAACGCUCUUAGAGUGCACGACGGAGGGGUACUCAAAUGUGCAGUGUGGUCCAUCCUGUGCUGAGCAGCGUAGCAUCAGCAGCUUAAGUAUCACUCGUUGUAACAACCUGUUCAGAGAAGGGGUUGCCUUCCUGAGGAAUGCCCCCAAUGGGGGGUUAUUUAGAAAUCCGCUAGGACAAAUCAAAUUGGGAAAAUCAGGUCAUGUUACUUCUCCCCCCCAAGAGAGUACCUCUUACAGAGGAUACGAAGCAAACGAAACGGGAAUGACUUCCUCCCUUGGGAGUGGAGGAGUUGCUCCAACGCAGCAUACAGUUCAUUGCCACGAUGAGGAGCAACCAUGCAGUGAACAACACAUAAGGAGACAACACUCCAGUGGGGAGAAUCCACCAAAGAAGAACUACUACAAUGAAUUUUCCAACUGCACAAGCUUAAAAAUAUGUUUCAUUGUAAACUUCAUACAAAGCAGAAGCAGUCACGCCGAUUUUGUGAGACACGUUUUAUUCCUUUCCGAUAGGGAAGAGAGCGAAAUGAGGAAGCUAAUGAAGCAUCUCUGGAGGACAAACAUGUUUGAGUCAAACGAUUGGGAUGUUCUUAACAAGUACGUAAAGGACCUCUCAGGGGGUGAAGCUAUGAUGAGUCACAGUAACCAUUUAGUGGACCCACUUCUUAAAUGGAAGAAGCAGGUUUAUGGGCAUACAAAAAAGUCGAAGCGUGGAGAAACCGGAAGACACAGUUUUGGGGCAUGUCCACUGUGUCAGUACCAUUUUGGGAAAAUGAAGUUGCUCCAAGGGGACCCCGUAUUUGAGCAGAUUUUCGAGCGAAACUUUUUCUGUCGGCACGGUGUGGGGGACGAUGGGAAUGGGGGUACCCCUGGUACGAACGAUGCAGUUAAUUCAGAUGAUCUGAGGAGAGUGACGACACUGCUGCUGGGUCUCUCCACUAGGCUGAAACUCCUCCUUGUCUAUUUUUCUCUUUUCUUCUACUCCAGCAGCAAAACGUUGAGUAACUCCUCCCGCACCGUCCUGUUGAGCAGGCAAAACGGGAGUCCUUCAAUUUUGUGCGAGCUAGCCAUGCACAUUUACCUUUUGAAUCGUUUCCUCGUUCAUAUUUUUAACAAUUCGUGUGACGAUUCGGGGGGGGACGACUCUUCAGCCAAUCCAGCAGUGGGGAAAUUGGCAACGGGGGAUGUUACGAAGGAGGAGGGCCCCCCUGCGAGUGGGCGUGUCCACUGCGAUAAGUAUGUUGUAACCCAUCUGGAGGAAGAACCCAACGGAGGAAACGGAAAUAACCUAAGUGCGUGCACGCCGAACAGAGAUAGACUAACGAAUGAGAUGUUGCUCUCGAUUUGUGAAAAAUUGAAUCAGCUCAUUGGGGAAUACAUGACUGAUUCGUCACAACGUAGCUGUGCAGGGAUCGAAGCAGGUUCAGCAACUUUUCAUAGUCACAGGUUGGAGACAACGGAGGGACAAGCAACAAGUCGAAUCGCUACACAACAGUGCGAAGUUGUAAGAAGGCUCAUAAUGGACAUACAAAAUCUGCAACUUAUAUCAAGCACAUCUUUGAAGGAAUUCAAUUUUAAUUAUGGAAAGGUGAGGGAUAAAUUAUUGUGCGCGAAGGAGAAGCUAGAAAAGAGGAGGAGGAAGAGGCGAGGCCAUACCCAUGGGGACUGGACCCGUAAACACAGAAUGGAUCACAAGACACACGUCGUACUAAUCACUACAAAUGACAAAGGACGGGCCAACAUUAUAUUUUUUAAAAAUAGGAGAAAGAAAAAAAACACCACUGUGAAUAAUGUUUUAAUACCCAUUGGCAAAUUAUAUCUCCCCAUGGAAGUUGAAAAAGUGGAAAAGCUAAUGAACAGCUCCUCUUUCGUUUUAUUUGCCAAAAGGGGGAUGGUUUUUUUUUUUCAUUUUUCCACAGCGUAUGGAGCAAACCUUACUUUGGUGAAUUAUCGCCUCGCUCUCAACACCGAAGUUUUCUUUGUAGACAAAUUGAGGUUCUUUAGAAUUGUUAAAAGGGAUGGCGCAUACGAAGAAGUUGAGGAUCACAUUUUAUGUUCCGAUUAUUUUGUUAAGGGGCUCACCCUGAAAUGUCUGCGGAGCUUCCCGCCGCGUUUGUGGGGUAAGCACAUGGGAAGGGAAGGAGAAAAAAACGGACACUUAGGAAGGAGCCCCCCUUUGCAACCGCACAGCAAAUGUAGUGAACAGACGGAGGAGUCCCACCUCCAAAGGGGAAACAACUACAUAAACAGCGAAACCCAAUUUCACGCACUGCGCAGUGUUCCCCAUAUUGACAGCUUCUAUACUUACUCCUUUGUAUACCACUAUGAAUUUAAGCUUUUCCAAGAGGUGUGUGCCAGCGGGUGGGGCUCAGUCUCCACUUCUGCCCGUAUCAGUAAUUGCAUUUGCGCAGAUAUGGACAUUGCGAUUAGCACAAUUGGGGGAUUAUCUACCCUGGGAGGAAGCUCUACCUAUGGCAAGAAUAGCAAUGUUACUGCGCAACUGCCUCGCGGGAAGACAGAGCCACCACCGAGAGGUGUAAGCCCGCCGGUCGUGCACCCCACCCCCGUCUCUCUUCAAAUCAGCAAAAGCGCCUUCAACGAAAUAUACAAGAGAAGGAAGAACGCCUUCUUCACAGACCCCCAGGCAGAUGAUCCAAACGGGGGGAUCACAACAAGUAGCGGGGGAGCAGCCAACAAAAGGAGAGGCAUCCCCCGCGAAAAGAGUCACAAACGGGGAAGAGAAUCCCGCUGCUACGUUAACAACGAAAACGAUGCAGACAGUAUGGGGAAGGCAAAAUGGGAGGAUGAUGCGUUGUCGAAUGCGCUCAUUGUAUCGUUAGGGAGCGACUAUCCUAAGGCAACCCAUCCUGUGGGGAACCCCUUCGUUAAAAGAUAUCUCUCAGUUGAUCUUGGAGGGAAAAAAAUGUAUGUUAUUAUUUUGCUAUUCGAUAUGGUAGCAUCCCAAGUGUUCAUAGAAAGGAGCAUGUUUGAGGAAGGGAGCUCAUCUAAGCAAGGACAGGAGAGUAACUACUUUACGAAGUUAAUCGCAUCGUCAAAAGGGAUGUGUUGUAUAAGCUCCGUGGGGAGUACCUCCGUGAAGGGCACGUCUGCGUCUCCGUCCAAGUCGAAUUCGACAAUCGAUGAAAGUAGAAGUUUUGUCCUCUCCCUAAGUGAGGAACAGGCAGAUGAACUGUUCAUGAUAAAGUCGUGCGUUUAUAGGGUUUCCAAUCAGCAGCAGGUUAAGUAUGUUUUUAAAAAUGUAAGGAAGGCAUACUACACGUUUGGGAGGAUCAAAACGGUGAAGGAUUACAAGUACAAGGAAAAGGCGGCCGUUAGUCACUUGCCCCCAAUGCAGAGCCAGUCCAGCGUCACAGAUGAAUUGAAAAAGAUUUCAAAUCUGUGCAAAGGAACGGCGCAGGUGAGGGGAGACAUGCAGGAGGACGAUCACAUAUUGAGUGUGAAGAGGUUGAAAAAAAAACUGUCAGAUGGGUUAAUCAUUUUGGACGAGAAUAGGGACCUGCACAAGCUGACCCUCGGCCAUAAGGUGCUUCUAGCGAGGCAGACAAAUCAGCUAAUUGCUCCCCCGAUAGGUCAGGCCAACACGCACACCUUCAUGAUACGCUUCAACGACCAACUGAGCGUUCUCUGCAUGACGAGCUAUUUGGGAACCUCCUAUUUGUACGUCCGAAGUAAGGGUGACCUGUUCAAGGCCUUCCAAAAUGCACUCUCUCUGCUGAGCGCGGAAAAAAAAUCCUCUUUCGCAGAAGCAAAUAUGUUGACCAUGUCAGGGAGAGUCCACACGAGGAUUCAUCCACGAAGGAAUAACUCCUCUACCAAAAGUAAGAACCAACAAAACGGCAUGAAGAAGAAACUAACAUUUGAAAAGAUCCAAGAAGAACAAUUAGAACCACUAAACCUUACGAAGGAGAAACUUAUAUAUGCAAAAUGUAUAGGUCAAAAUGGAAGAAGCCAUUAUUACGUCCUUUUAAUAAGUACGAAUAGCAUCACUAUAAACCACUAUUAUGUGGACCCUCUCAGUGAUAGUGCCCCUCUACAACUGGUGGGUAUAUCCUCGUGGGGUCUAACGUCCACCCCAGUUGUGCAUUACCAUUACGAUAAAGGCAUCCUUGCCUUAUCAUACGUAACUGGCAUGGUUGAUCUGUUUUACCUAGACGGGGCGAAUAGUCUCUGUUUGCUAAUCGAUAGAGUGAUCUGUGAGGAAAGAAUACACUCCAUUUGUGUGAUCCCCAAGGAGAACAAAAAAGGGGUACCCUCCAACAAGAAUGCAAAUAAAUACAAGUACAUUCUUCUAUGCAUAGGAUUGCAGAGGCGAUGCAGAGUGAUCACAUACUACGUCAAUCAUAGCUGUACACCCCACUUAAGUAAAGAAUCACCCUGGUUGUUAAAUAUGAUGGACGAAAAGGCAAACAAAAAUGUAAACAUAUAUGGAAGCUUCUUAAAUGCAAGAAAUGCCCAGAUGGAACUCCCCCCAGGGAAAGACCUCCCACCGUUUCACCACCUGCAUACAAUCCAAGGCAUAACUAAAUCGGUCAACCCUCCGGAGAAAAGCACACAGUUCGUGGCAGACGUGUAUGAAUACACCAUAGACACAUUAAACGACCAUUGUACCAUCACCGGGAUGAUAAAACUGAAUAAUUUUUUACUCAUUGGGACAAACGAAGGAGUGGUCAAAGCGUAUGACAUUUUCCAUUCCAGCAACGCUCCAACGAGUAAACUCUUUUUGCGUCACUUCCGGGUUUAUAAAAAUCAGAACAGAGUAACAAAAAUGUUUGAUGAGUUCUUACUUGGGAAUAGCUGCGUUUAUUUUGUGAAUCCACUGAAGGGGCACAGCGGGUGUAUCGAAUCACCACGGGUUGUCUACCAGAAGAGAUUCCGAGCCGUGGCCUUUUGCGAAAGCGGCAUUUUCAUGUUCGUAUCGGAUAGGGUUAUGCAGGGGGGAACUUCAAAAUUGGCGGAAGGGACAAGUAGGUGGAAGAACAUCUCGGGUAGCGAUGAGAGAGGUGACCAAAGUAGCGGUCUACGCAGCGGGGGCAUCGUGACAGAGUCCACAUCCGCAUCUGCGCCUGUACAUCGCACCCCCAGGCGAGGCAACAACUAUUUGGACGAACUGAAAGCCAGGGUGGACGGCUACCUUGGCAACCUUCUGAACAUCGAAAAAGACAAAAUGUGCGACCUAUUGAGGGACCAGCGCAUAGGCGAAGGGGGCAUGCCGAGCAGGAACAUUUUUGUUCUCCCCCUGCGGAUUUUCAAAAAUGGAGCUGAUCCAAAGUUGGGGGGGGUAAGCCCGUCGGAUGCGCCAAACAAAUCGGGCCAAACGGAUAGCCCACCCAGUGACGCUACAAAUAGGGGUUCAAAUGAAUCCUGCGUAGAUAGGCGUAAAGACGUCGUCCCCUCUCACCCCAUCAGCAGGAAAAAUCACGAAAGCAUCACCACAAACACAAAUCACUUCAACUACGCAGCGAUUAACCAAAAGUUAAUAAAAGUUAAAGAUGAAGUUAGUGCAAAUAACGUUGUGUUAAUUAAAAACAAAGACAGGACUUUCCCCUACCUCAUCAUUGUCACCCUGAACGAAGAACUGUACACUGGACUGGUUCGGAAGGACCAGCUUUUUGUAGAGAAGAGGUCGAAAUGUAAAGAAGACGGUUCAAUAGAUAAGUUUGUAAAGUUCGACAGCUCGUCUCCCCCCUGUGAUUUCUACACGCAGAAUUUAGUUCUCUACAAAGAGGUUAGUAGGGAGAGGAAGCAGGAGAGUUUCACUAUGGAGGGAGGAAGUAACAAUUGUGUUGAGUUUAGAAGACACCAUUGCUAUGGUGAUGCAAAAAAACAGGAUCACCUCUCCGCGAAGUGCGCCAAAACGGACGAGCCAAAUAAAACUAAGGGGGUUGCCCCGGAGGAGGGAGAAAGAGGAAUAGGCACCCACUGUGGAGGUAACAAUCUGUGCCUGAAAAUGAACAAGGAGAUUAUUAACACCUUUAAAAGUAGUAGUCUGUCCAAUGUGUUCCUGAUCAACAUGGAUAGGAAGUACGUCCUCACUGAGUUGUUCCUAAUUUGCUCGAGCACGGAGAAGGGGGAAAUUAUUGAGGCCAUCGAGGGGGGCUACGACAGGAAGCAGGAAGGGGAGCAUAGCUCAGGGGAUCAAAACUCAGGGGAUCAUUUUUCGGACCAUCUCCCACAACCCCCCAAUGAAUUAACCCCGCGACGAUUCCCCGUGAAGCUUCUCACGAACCGCAUUGACUUGGAUGGAAAUACAAAUGGUAGUGCCAACUCCCUCUGCAUAUACACCCAAUUAUACCUAAGGGACCACAACCUCUUUGCUUGGAACAAACACAUCUUGUGUCUUCUGCGCAACCAGUGCGUAAACUUUGCGAACAGAUUCUACGCCUUCCUGUUCUACAACACCAUUAGCAGGACGCAUCAGCUUAACCAAUUUUUUCAGGAUAGGUGGAUAGCGAAGAAUAUAGCCAUCACCCCGGCAAGCAGUAGCAAACUUGCUCUUGGUGACCUAACCGGUAAUGGUACCCCACGAGGUAGGGACAAUUACCACCUUUUGGACGAAGAGAAGAGGAAAGAACUGCUUCGCAACCACGUCAACCGCAUCUGCGAUAUAUUGAUGGCACUGAUUGGGAAGAAAACACAGGCCAUUAUUAGCAAAAAUUUGUUUCCUAACCCGAGUGAUAAGAAGGGUAUGGAGGGAAAACCCAACGGUAGUAGCUACAAUGAUGAAACGGAGGACACCCACGAAGGAGAUGAGCGAAAUAUCCGCAGAGGCGACGGGAAGGGGAGCGGGACGAAGAAAAAAAAAGGCAGCGGGGAACACUACAAUUGCACAAAGAAACAGCGAAAACUGGGAAACAACGAGACUGUGCAAGUGGACCAAAAGGAUGGCGCAAUUGAUCCCUCCAGGUGUGUAGAAGAUUCACCCCCAAAAGAUAUAGACGUAACUGCAGACACAGCCACGAAUCUGCAGGAAUUUUUAAAAAACGUCGAAGAGAAGGAAGAGAAAUAUGUGAAGCACCUUCGUCGGAUGAACGUAUUGGAGGAAUUUAAUCCACAGGAGGGUAGCAACGGGCAGCCUUCUCAGAACCGAAACGUGGCAACAAAAAUGUUGUUUCUAAGCUUGUUCAACGAGGUAGAAAGCAUAUACAAGUUGCGCCUUCUGGGGGAAGUUCCCACCAAGGGAGGCAAGGCAGACAAUGUAGGCACGAGCGCAUCCGCGAACGGAGGAGACUGCCACCUAACCUUCCUCUCCGUGCACCUCAAAGGGAGCAAAUACCACUUCAGCUCCGUGACCGAGUAUUACAAAAUGGUCAGCAUGAAGAGCGCAAAGGGGGGGGACCCCCUCGAAACGGACACCCCAGCAGAAUACUGCGAAAAAAGCAACGAUGGAGCAAGUGGGGGUGCUUCCCCCAGGAGUGGCACCCAUGGACGUAAGAACAAGAUGCACAAAAAGGAGCACACACAAGUGAGGAGAAGAGGCAUCCACAAAAUGACUCACCAUAACCGACGCGCAAGAAAAGGAAAAGGGAAGCUCCCCGUGUUAGCAUCUAGGCGAAGUGCCUCAUACCUCUUAAGGGAGAACGUAGCUUUGUUUGUGCUAUACCGUGGAUGGCUGAGGAUGGCAUGUAGCUGCGCGAAACGAUUUGUUCAAAUGAUGAAAAUGAGAAAAGGAAAAAACGAGACAAAUAAAUGUUUCAAAGAUGAGGACACUUACGACUGCCUCUUCCUAUUCCCCAACAACUUAAGGGACCAAUACGAGGAAGUCGUCCUGUGCAGAUUAAAGGACAGGGUCAACAGGAUGUUUAAUUUUAACGAGGGAGACCUUUUUCUUGUCCUGAAAGUUUACAUGAAUUAUGUCUUCCUCGUUAAUUACCACAGGAGAGUUUCCUUCUGGAUCAACAUCAAACAUGUUUAUAAAAAUAUGCUCGUUAUGCGGCUUGGGGGGGGCGCCAACGAAGGGCAAUCUAACGACAGGGCACCCCCAUCCGCACAAAAAGAUAAAACCGCGCUGGUAUUCAAAAGGAUCAGGCGAGAAGACAUCCUCCCCAUGUUUAUUAAAAAUACAACGACUACCCCCCUGACCUACAUGAGCAGGGGAAUGAAAAAUAUAAAAGCCUUCCAGAGGAAGUACCUGAUCUUCACGCAGAAAAAUCACAUCGUCCUGCUGAAGAUCGUUUUUGCAAAAAUAAAUAGAAAAUUUUCAAGCAGCAAGAACGAACUGAUGGAGAGGAUCCUGCAAAAUUGUAUCUACGACGAGAAGACGCUUCCCUAUCAAACGCAAGAUGGUCGAGUAGUGAAUUUUUCAGACAUCUUUAAUGAACUGCUAGGCAAGCAGUACGUAAUAAAGAACAGGUCCAACGGGAAGAAGGGUCUAAGCGAUGUAGAAUAUAUGGAAAUUUUAGCGAAUAGCAGGGGUAGUCUGUCAGGCGCAACAACCACCCGGGGGAAUAAUCCCGACGGAAAUGCGAACCCUGAUGGAAGCGCGCAAAGAACGCCAUCGGCAGCAAACCCAAUGAUGAAGCAAACGGACGAGCAGUAUGUGGACCUAUUUAAAAGCUACACCUUCAAGGAACAAUUCACCCACCUGGAGAAGGAGUUCCUUUACUCCCUCCAGUACGAAAUCGUGGAGCAUCACAGAAAUGAAGAAAACUUGGAAAACAUAAACGACAUGGAUGUGUAUGAAAAUAAAAUUCUCAUCGUCACAAAAAGUUAUGUCCGCUUGUACCAAUAUGAUGAACAGAAAAAUAUUCUGACCCUGCAAUGCUCAAAUACCUUUUACAACGUUAAUAACGUGAUAAUGAACGAAAGGUAUAGAAAGGCAUUAGUCCUUCGAGGCAUCUUCCAAAUAAUAAACGUCGCUUCGAAGAGAUUCCUCUCCAUUUACUACGUAUUCGGUAAAUGUAUGCACUAUAUUGGCCAUAUAAAAUUACGAAAUAAAAUAAAACUCAUUUUGGAAAAUAAGUUGACACACAACGUUAUGGGAAUUAAUAUGAAUGUCAAUCAGAGGGAACACAUGAUAGACAGCAUACGAACGUAUGAGAAAUUUUUUUUUAAUUUUUUUCUUGUGGACGCCAAAGGUAAUUUUCUCUCCAUAUAUAGCUGUCCUCACGCGGAAGGCAAACAAAUGCAACAGAAUUACUUUUACGACAAUAAUCGAGCCAUGCAGAUAUGUCAUGAUCUGAUGUUAUUUUUGCAAAUACUAAUCAAUGGGAAGAAGAAUGGCUCUUCAUCUUCCCAUCCGAAUGGCCCAUUUAUGAGGAAAAUAAAAUGUGCCCACUCGAAAAGGAUGAGAAAACUACAGAGGAAUUAUUUUUACAAUAACUAUUUUAUCAGAUCCAAGUACAGAAUUUUCUUAACAAUUUUCGUCCACAGAUUCUUCAUUUACAUGAAUAAAAAAAUUGUGUUUCUGCAAAACGCCUUUUCGCAAAGUUGCACGGAUGACAUGUUAUUUGAAUUGAAGCUACGUGUUUACAACAGAAUUUUAAAACUCAGUUCAUAUAACUUUUCUGAUAGGAAAAGUGCCUUCCAGUUGCUAAACGAUAUGUAUGAUAUGCGGGCCAAUAAAAAUGCCCCCUACUUUUCUCUGCAAACGCGUCUGCAGGAUUAUGGGGAUAUUAUUAGCAGGGAACUUUACCACAUGAAGGUGCACCGUUCUACUGCCCGCAGUGCUGAUCAAGCUGUAGGAGUUUAUCGCGGAUGUGCCAUUACAAACAACACGCAAGAGAAACCCCCCCUCGAAAGAAACAUUGCCAGAAAAAUUGAACAAAUGAAUAAGUACCGAUUCGAUCCUAUAAUAGACUACAACGGGGUUGUAAAAAACAACAUCAGAGACAACUCGUACUACGAUGUAGACUUUUAUCACUUCCUCGAUUGCAUCCAAAAUAUGGACCAAGGUACCUUCUCCAAAAAGACCAAACUGGUAGAAUAUAAAAACUACUUAAAAAACAGCUUUGCAGAAAAUUCGCUUUUUCAAAUGUACUUUAACUUCCUCACAUACAUGUCCAAUAACCCCAAGAUGUUUCAUCACGUGAAGAAGUAUUUGCACUUCCAUCCCUACUCCACCAAGUUGCUAAAAAACAGGACGUAUUACUUCAACAUGGAUUUGCUCAAUGUCAUUUUUAGCUUUGACAACGAAGCUUUGGGUGAACUUCAAAGCGUCCUCAGCUUAUUCCCCACUUGUCCUACCCUCGAUGAGGUGUUCACGGCAGUGGCUCUUUUGCAUAUGCCCCUUGGUGGGGCAUAA